AUGGCGAAAGGAAAGAAGAAGGCACUCCCGGUCUCGAUCGCGGAACCCGAUCUGAGCAGGCAACUGCGAUCAUCCUCGCUACUCCAUGCAAAGUUAGCUCUAAUAGGGCCAUCUCAAAGGUCCCGGAGUCGAGGAGAUCCAUUCGGCCUUGGAAGCAAUGAUGUGCCAGACAUUCUCAAUAACUUUGAUAGGGGUUGCAAGGAAUUGUUUAUCGUCGGUAAGAAGAGCCAGAAGCCGUCCGCUCACUUACUGACCCUUAAACAAGGGAACAGAGAAUCGCCAAAGGACUUCAUUUCUCGCUUCAACGAGGAAGCUUUGCAAGUAGACAACUACAACGACAAGAUGGCACUAUCCACUAUGAUUAGCAGCCUCAAGGAAGGACGGUUCCUCUUUUCUAUAGGGAAGAAUCCACCAACCACCCUGACCAAACUCAUCAGCCGAGCACAGAAAUAUACCAACACUGAGGAAUUCUUCAGUUUGCGGAAGAAUUCCCAAACCGCAGAGUCUUCCAAAGGGAAGAGGCAAAGAGAUGAUACACUGCAGCAGGUGGAUAAGAGAAGAUUGGAUGACAACACUAUUCAGGACAGGAGGUCGAGCAGAAAACCCGAGAGGAAGUUCCACACAUACACCCCUCUCGACACGUCUCCCGAGCAGAUUCUACUGGUCAUCCGAGACCAGAGAUUACUGCAUUGGCUGAGCUGUAUGAAGACCGAUGCAGACCACAAUACCAGUGACUGCGUCGACCUGAAAGAUGAAAUUGAGACCCUCAUUUGCAAGGGUCAUCUUCGGCAGUAUAUGAAAGAAGAAAAACAGGCUCAGAAAGACGAUCAACCUCGCCGAGCUGAGGAAGAAGCCACAGAGAUCCAGACGAUCUAUGGUGGCCCAUCCGGUGGCGGAGAUUUAAACCAAGCUUAUAAGGCUUACUCCAGGAGCACUGACCCCGAGCAUUACAUCCACUUGGCUAAAAGGCUGAGGAAAGAGCUCCGAGUAAACCCUUGCAGCCUCACCUUUAUGGAAGAUGAUGCGUGGGGAAUCCAGCAUCCCCAUGAUGACACCUUAGUCGUGGUGAUGACGAUAGCCAAUCGCAAAGUCUACCGCAUACUGGUUGACAUUGGGUGCUCGACUGAUAUACUUUACUCCAAAGCAUUUGAUAAAAUGGGGAUAGACCGGUCGCGCCUCCAACCUGUGAAGACCCCACUACACGAAUUUGUCGGAGACAAGGUAAUUUUUAAGGGUGCCAUUUUCCUCCCCGUGACUUUGCUAGUGGAUUUCCUGGUUGUAAACGUGCCAUCGAUGCACAAUGUCAUCCUGGGGCAGUCGUUCCUUAAUGCAAUGAGGGCGGUUGUCUCCAUGUAUCAUCUGAUGAUAAAAUUCCUGGCUAAUGGAGGGGUUGGAUAUGUCCAAGGAGACCAGCGCGAGGCGCGAAGGUGCUACUCGAUAGCAGUGAGAAAGGGCUCAGCAAAACAGGCCCUCAUUAUAAACAUGCUCGACCCCAGGGACUCUGCAGAAGAUUCCCUCACCAAGGACUUGGUGACUGUCCUGCUCAAGGACGCGGAUCCGAGCAGAAUAGUUUAG